UCAGUCUCAUAAUUGUUUCAAUUGAUCCAAAGCAAAGAAAAUGGCCAACAACUCUGCUCAGAACUCUCUGGCUUCUCCCCCUUUGCACCUAUGUUUAUUCCUUCUUACCUUUUUCAUAUUGCUUGGGUUUUCAUUGUACUCAAACUAUGAGCCAAUGAUGGAGAGCUUCAUGGACCAAAUGAAAUUGGUUCUAAUAAUUUCUCCACUGCUUCUUCUGCUAGCUGUUCACUUUCUUUCCAACUAUGGUGGUCAAGGGGUUUUGUCUUCACUGAUUCGUUUGCCAGAGAAAGAGUCACUGCAUAGAGCUGGUGGAACUCCUUGGGGAGUUGGGUUUAUUCUCGUUGUUGUGUUGUUCAUGGUUUCUUACCAAUCUUCCUUUCAAGAACGUUGGUUUCCUCUCCUCAGCAAGUGAAAGGAGUGAGGUUUUCCUGAUAUGAAACUUUUUUUAUGUAAUUAUUUGAAGCUUUUGAGUUCUCAGGAUUUUUUCUGGUAUAAGAUUUUUACCUAAGCAAAAAAAAAAAAAUGCAGAAUUUUUUGUUUCUUAUUAGAGGGUGCUGUUCUGGCUAUAUACAAAGUCAUGAAAUUCAGUUUUUUCUGUGUGGAAACUGUGUAUAUAAGCACUUGGUGAAUCUAUGUAGAGUCUUUUUCUGAAAGGGUAAAAUAUUUGAUAUAUUAGAAACACAGAAAAAAAAAAAACUAAUGUUA